AUGCCGGCCGGACCUGACGUUCGUUAUCACCUCGUCGAUCCUGCCGCAAGACCGCAGCAUGACCGCUUCGCCAAGGGAAGCUACUUGUACAUCUACCACAACCCAACCACACAGCAAGCGAAGCUCGAAGUGGCGAAUCAUGCUGGGACGUCGGAGCAGGAUGCCUUUGCGGGAUACCUCGGUGCUGCGAGCGUGGAGUACAGCUACAAUCAUCCCACUCUCCUGACCAUCGCUGUAGAUACACAGGCGCAGGAUCCAGGACAGUGGCGAUUACCAGCUUACGAUCUACGACAUGAGCAGAAGUAUAUGUAUCAAUUGCAUAGUUUGGACUUUUAUCUGUGGACUGAGAAGGAUGCUACGACUCUGCUUGGACACCUCAAGGCGGUAAUACCUGGGCAUAAGUUGGCUAUCCGAGACGCUCCUUCAGGUGUCUCGCCACGCUCAUCCUUACCUGCCGAGCACCGAGACAGUAUGAGUCCCGUGGUGCAACAGCUGGAGAAGACAGCGAUUGGGACCUAUUUCCCCAGAGCCGGAAGCACAGUCUCAGCGCAAAGUAUACCUGGCCCACCAACUCCAGGCACGAACGCUACAGCGAGUCCACAACUCACUGCGCCUCAACCUAUCGCGGCAGCAAUGGGAGGCUACAACCCCGCCGCUCCUUCCGCACCAGAACCAGUAAUGUACAGGGAGAAGACUCCACCUCCGCUGGACGAUGGAACAGGGAUGGGUCUGAACAACGCCGCCAGAUAUGACAACAUCUCUCAACCCCAGUACGCAUCCGUACCGCCCGGCUACCAGCAAAACUCGAACCAGCCGACACCACAAGGAGCCUAUUUCAUCGGUGCGCCACAACAACAACAACAACAACAACAACAACAACAACAACCGCCUACCCCCGGCUUCCCAGGCCCACCACAAGCCACACCCCCAAACAUCCAGCGUACAUUCUCCGGCGGCCUCCCACCACCACCUCCACCCUCCGGCGGGCCGUCACCACAACCUCAGUCUCAGCAACAGCAACAGCAACACUACCCCUCCUCCUUCAGCCACCAACCCACCUCCCCAACCCCAAAUCAACAGAACUUCCACCACCACCACCCCCAGCCCUCCUUCGGCGGUGGUGGCCCUCCAGGCCAAACACAAUACGCCACCUUCGCCCAACAAGCCCAAUAUACCGGCCAGCAACAAGACCCAGGUACCCCAAGUUUCGGCCCCUACGCCGCCGCAUCCCCCGGAAUCCCACCGCAAGCAGCGGGAUACCAGUCCAUGCAACCGCAACCGCAACCGCCUACCCCUUCGGCACCUCCGGCUUAUGCGGGACAUACGCCUCUGCAAUCGCCUGGGUUGCCUGGUCCGCCGCCACCACAGAUAGCGGGACAGCAACAACAGCAACAACAGCAACAGGUCUUCGGCUAUAGUUCCUACACCUACACCCCCUCCUCCAACUCUUACGCAGCGAGCCAGCAUCUUACGCAGCAAGGGGCGUAUACAGGGGAUAUUCACUCCCAGGUCUACAGGCCGAAUGAGGGGGAGGCGAAUACGCACGAUCAUCAUGGUGGUGGUGGGCAUGGUUCGAGACCGCAGGGUGCGGGGAGGCAGGGGAGCGGGAGUACGGGGGGAGGUGGAGGGCAGGUGAGGUUGGAGGAGAGGGUGAGUGGGAUUGAUAAGAGGGUGGGGGGGUUCUUGAAGCGGUUGGAUAAAUUGAUCUGA